AUGUCUUUCCGGAGCCUAAUUCAGGACAUGAAGGACGAGUUCGGCAAUAUCUCGCGCCACGGUCUGCGCUCCUCCCGCUCGCACCGCGCCGCCGCCGGGGCCGGGGCCCCGCGGGGGGCCUCCGUCGGGCUGGGGUUGGCAGACGCGCUGGAAGGGACCUGCUGGGCGCAGCUGCCUCCGGAGCUCCUGCGGGAGGUGCUGGUCAGGAUCGAGGACUCCCAGGGCUGCUGGCCCUCCCGCCGGGACGUGGUGGCAUGCGCCGGCGUCUGCCGGGCAUGGAGGGGCAUCAUGAAGGAGGUCGUGCGCGUCCCGGAGGCGUCCGCCAAGCUCACCUUCCCUAUCUCGCUCAAGCAGCCUGGCCCAAAGGAUGGCACUCUCAAAUGUUUCAUAAGAAGAAACCGGACUACUCAGACGUAUUAUCUGUAUAUUGGACUCACAGAAGCACUGGCUGAUGAUGGGAAGUUCUUGCUUGCUGCACGCAAAUGCAGAAAGCCUACAUACACUGACUACCUAAUUUAUCUUGAUAUGGGUGAUAUGUCAAAGGGAAGCAGCACCUAUAUUGGCAAGCUAAGGUCGAACUUUCUGGGAACAAAGUUUACCGUCUAUGAUGCUCAUCCACCGUAUGAUGGAGCUGUCGUCUCAAAAAGCCGGUCUGCUCGUGUGAUUGGUUUGAACCAGGUCUCCCCAAGAGUUCCUGCUGGCAAUUAUCCAGUUUCACACAUUUCUUAUGAGUUGAAUGUUUUGGGCUCCAGAGGUCCAAGAAGGAUGAACUGUGUUAUGAGUUCUAUCCCUGCAUCAGCAGUUGAAGAGGGAGGCAAAGCUCCAACACAAACUGAAUUUCCUCUUGGUAACCUCGACUCCUUCCCGUCGAUUCCAUUCUUCAGAUCAAAAUCCGCUCGGAUAGACAGUGCACCCACUCAGGCUCAGGACGAAGAGAAGCUGGUGCUGAAGAACAAGUCUCCUCGGUGGCAUGAGCAGCUGCAAUGUUGGUGCCUCAAUUUCCGUGGGCGGGUGACGGUUGCGUCAGUUAAGAACUUUCAGCUGGUGGCUUCAGAUGAGAAUGGAGCAGCUGGUCAGGAGCAUGACAAGGUGAUUCUGCAGUUUGGAAAGAUAGGCAAAGACUUGUUCACCAUGGACUACCGCUACCCGAUAUCAGCAUUUCAAUCAUUUGCAAUAUGUCUGAGCAGUUUUGAUACCAAAAUUGCUUGUGAAUGA